GAUGGCGGCCGCGCGGCGAGGUGAGCUCCGGCGGGGUGGGGGCUUCCGGGCUUGCCGUGGCAGGCGCGGCGUUUCCUUUUGUGGUAGCAGUCGGUUUCCGUUUUCGGUGCGCUCACGGGGCUGUGCCACCGCCUCUAGGGAGAGGCUCCUCCACCAUGGUAUCCUGCUGCAUGCCCCUCCAGGACAGCGCCCAGAGGGAAGUGCUGCCCCGCAGAGCAUCUUCCUCACCCCCACGGUUUCCCUGCGUUCUGCCUACUGAUUCCACUUCUGAGAGGGGCUGUUCCUCUACAGAUUUAGAGUUGAUAUAGCUUCCUCUGGUCGGCAUGCUGGCUGCUGAGGCCUGCAUGCACAAAGUGGCUUAGCACGCCCAACUGCCCAGCUACCAAGGGGUGGCCACCUGCUUCUGUCCUGACCGCUAGUGGCAGGAAGAUGGAAGCCCCCCGCUUUGUAUGUCCAUAGAUCCAUUCUAUUUUAUUUUUAUCUAUGUAUUUUUAAGGAUGGAGCCUUGAUCUCAUCCAGGCUGGAGUGUGGCAUACACAGGUCACUGCGACCUUGGCCUCCCGAAGCGCCAGCAUAACAGGCGUGAGCCGCUGUGCCUGGCCGCAGUAUGAAACGUACACGGCCCAGGAAAUGGCUAGUAGAUACUUAAGUGCCCCCAAACAGAGAUAUAUUUUCUCUGAAGAGAAUGAAAAAAGUGGCCAGGCACAGUGGCUUACAAGUGUAAUCCCAGCACUUUGGGAGGCUGAGAUGGGUGGAUCACUUGAAAACAGGAGUUUGAGACCAGCCAGGCAAACAUGGUGAAAUCCUCGCCAUACUAAAAAUACAAAAAAUUAGCCGGGUGUGGGGGCGCAUGCCUGUAAUCCCAGCUACUCAGGAGGCUGAGGCAGGAGAAUCACUUGAACCUGGGAAGCGGAGAUUGCAGUGAGCCGAGAUCACACACAGCACUACACUCCAGCCUGCGAAACAGAGCAAGAUUCUGUCAAAAACGAAAGAAAGAAGAUGACAAAGUUAUUUUUUCUAAGUCGUAACUGGGACAAGAGUCAGGGUAGCAUCACUGGGAGUGCCAGUGUGUGGAGGCUGUCCCCUAACCAGUCCUGUCCACAGUCACUGAGGGCAGGGGCUUCGGUGCGCAGACCGCAUUGUUCUGGGAUGGGGGACGGGUCCCACAAAGGCCCUGCCCGCUCACGGGACCACAUUUUCCUCAAGCGUAGUGAUAGAAGCCCCAGACAGACUGGGAGCCGUGGCCAGGUCCCCGUGGCCCCCUGGAAAAGAUGACAGAACCAGCCCUUCCUGUCAGCACCUGGGAGGCUGCUCCCAAGCCUGUUAAGCCUGGGGAUCCUUAGCCACUCACCAGCUCUCUUCGGUUCCCCUUCAAAUGCUGUUUUAUGUCAGCGGAACGUACUGCACCCUGUAUUUCCUCGCCACGCUCCUGAUAAUCACGUAUAAAAGUCAAGUGUUCAGCUAUCCUCACCGCUGCCUGGUGCUGGAUCUCGCUCUGCUGCUUCUCAUGGGGAUUCUGGAAGCAGUUCGGCUGUAUCUGGGCACCAGGGGCAACCUGACAGAGGCUGAGAGGCCACUGGCAGCCAGCCUGGCCCUCACGGCUGGCACCGCCCUCCUCUCUGCCCACUUCCUGCUAUGGCAGACCCUGGUGCUGUGGGUGGACUGGGCCCUUAGCGCCACGCUCCUGGCGCUCCACAGCCUGGAGGUCACGCUGCAGGUGGUUGCCAUAGCCGCCUUCACCAGGUAGCUGCGGGCACCCGGGACACCCCACACUGGGCCCCUCCUGGCCGGCCCCCGCCUUCACCAGGUAGCUGCGGGCACCCGGGACACCCCACACUGGGCCCCUCCUGGCCGGCCCCCGCCUUCACCACGUAGCUGCGGGCACCCGGAACACCCCACACUGGGCCCCUCCUGGCCGGCCCCCGCCUUCACCAGGUAGCUGCGGGCACCCGGGACACCCCACACUGGGCCCCUCCUGGCCGGCCCCCGCCUUCACCAGGUAGCUGCGGGCACCCGGGACACCCCACACUGGGCCCCCUCCUGGCCGGCCCCCGCCUUCACCAGGUAGCUGCGGGCACCUGGGACACCCCACACUGGGCCCCCUCCUGGCCGGCCCCCGCCUUCACCAGGUAGCUGCGGGCACCCGGGACACCCCACACUGGGCCCCUCCUGGCCGGCCCCCAGCUGUCACCUCCCAUUUCCUGGACCAGAAGGGCACCUGUCCUGGUGAUUGGCCGUAGAUGGUUCUGGAUGGUUCCAUCUGCCUUGGCAGGGGUGGCAGCAGGAGCCAAGCAGGACAAAAUGCUGGAGGUCCCGGUGUUGGGGACAAUGGCAGGGACCGCACGGAACUGCCCUUGAGAUGAGGCCCAGAAGUGUGUGCUCAGCCCUGUCAGGGUCUGGCUUCAGCAACCCGGCCUCCAUGGACCCCAGAGCCCCCAGGAGAGGGAGGACAGAGCCCCUCAGAACAGAGGCCUCGUCUCAGCAUUCCCCAUCACCUCUCCUUCCCCGACGGUCCUACUGUGUGUUCUGGGAGCCCAGUUUACUCCGUGGCCAGGCCCCAGCCAUGUUUCCAAGUCGGGAAGGAAAAGCAGGAUGGCGUGGGCCUUGUGCUGGGAGUGCCCCCACUCUGGUGGGCAGGCAGGCCCGAGUUCCAAAAGCAAUAAAUGCCAACAAGCCAGCAGCUCUGGUGUCGGAAUUUCCAUCUCAGCCACGCUCCUCCCUUCCUCGGGCUUCUGAGGAGAGGUCAGGGCCGAGGCCGGGGUGGGACCGAGGGAGAGACGGCAGCUGCGGGGCUCGCGUUCAGAGCCUCCGUCCAGAUUUUAGCGACUUUUGCCUUUUGCACUGAAUCCUAAAUAAAUUCUGUCUGAUUUUUUUCCCAUUCCCAGAUUUACUGUAAGUUCCCCUUAAAAAGUAUCUGAACUGUUA